UUACAGUGGAAAAAUCAAAUGAAUGAUGGUGAGGUGAGAAGUUUUGGGGGUCCUUGAAUUGAAUCACACUCAACUUCAUUUGACUUCCUUCCUUCCAAGAUCUAUACAUAUAUUUCUCUUCUCCUUCCUCAUCAAAAAAUCAUCUUCAUUUAAUUAAACCCCAAAAUCAUAUCAAAACCAAAACUCUCAUCAUCAUCAUCAUGAGUUCCGCAACCCAGAGUACAAAUUUAUUAACUGGAUUUACCAGACUGUGUAAAGGAUUAGCAGUAGUGCUUGUGUUUGGUCACAUUGCUGUUCAGAUCUCUCCUACUAUUCUUUCUUAUCUCGCCCUCAUUCCCGCCAGGACAAUUCCUUUUGGCUGGAAUCUCAUAACAGCUGGUUAUAUAGAACAAACUGUACAUGGGGUCCUUAGCAGCACAAUUGGUCUUCUUUUCAUUGGGAAGCUUCUUGAGCCCAUAUGGGGUUCUCGAGAGUUCUUGAAGUUUAUUUUCAUUGUCAAUUUCUUGACUUCUGUGUGCGUCUUCAUUACAGCUAUCUCCUUGUACUAUGUAACAAUGCAGGAAAAUUAUCUUUACUUGCCUCUUUCUGGCUUCAGUGGGGUACUUUCAGGGCUCUUGGUUGGUGUCAAGCAGAUAAUUCCUGACCAGGAAUUUUCUCCAUUAAAAAUUAAAGCAAAGUGGCUGCCAUCUAUCAUGCUAUUGUUAGCUGUUGUUAUAAGCUUCUUUGCCUCAGAGCCAGCAGCAUACCUUCCAAUCUUAAUAUUUGGCACCUAUAUUGGUUGGAUUUACCUUCGAUAUUUCCAAAGAAAACAAGAAACAGGAUUUAAGGGUGAUCCGAGUGAUGAAUUUUCUUUCUCUACUUUCUUCCCUGAAUUCAUGAGACCAGUGAUUGAUCCUAUUGCUUCAAUAUUUGAUCGAAUGCUUUGUGGAAAACCUGAAGGAUCUAAUGAUGGCAGGGGAUAUACAGUGGGCAAUGCUCCAUUGCUUGGUUCUGACCCUAUUGAGGCAACUAGGAGGAGGGAAAGGGGUGCCCGGGCAUUGGAGGAAAGAUUAGCAACAGAGAGGGUGAUUGGUGCAGGAGCAAAGAGUAAGACUGAUGAACCCGAAAGAGAUGCAAGUGAAAAUGUUUAACUGAUUUUUUGAUGUGUAACUAAUUUGUUCUCUUUUAAACCCCUUUGGAUCACAUCAGUUAGCUUUCUUAGGCCGCGGAUCUUGGCUUAUGGUCCUUUUAGCAAGAACAAUGCCAUGCAUGUUUUGCCUUCUUUGACAGUUGCACUUUUGUUGUGAGGUGCAUACAUCUAGAUCUAUAUACCUGAUAUAUUCUUCAAAUUAAAACCUUUAACUGCAUGUGUGUUUAUUAGAAAGACUGAUUGAUAACUA